GCCCAUCAUGAGUCAUCCAUCCGACUCUCUCACUCGUAGCGACGGCAAACCACCGAGACGAGGACGAUUCCCGUUCCCUUUCCUCCCGGAUAAGCAGAAGCAGCGAGAUAGAAGAGAGAAGGAUUUUUUUAAAAAAAAGAAGAAGAAGGAGCAAUGGCCGGGAGAUUAAGCAGCGUAGGAUCUCGGAUUAUGGGAGGCCACGGCGUGGUGGGGCGAUCCCUGGGCUCCUCCCUCCGCAACCGCUCCGGCAUGGGCCUCCCCGUCGGCAAGCACAUCGUCCCCGACAAGCCCCUCCCAGUUCACGACGAGCUUGUUUGGGAUAAUGGCACCCCAUACCCGGAGCCCUGCAUAGAUCGCCUCGCCCCCACUAUCGGGAAGUAUGAGGCAUUGGGUUGGCUGUGCGGAGGGCUGGGCAUUUUCGCUACGAUCGGUUUGCUAGCCGUGUGGAAUGACAAAGCAUCAAAGGUUCCCUAUACACCAAAAGUCCAUCCAUAUGACAACCUGCGGGUGGAACUUGGCGAAGAGCUAUAGGAGCAGUCCAUGAACGGUUCGGUUCAGUACCUGAUGCUGUGCUGAUACUGCCUGUUUACAAGUGCUCGCUAUGAACUGAAAGAGAAGAAAUAAUGGAUUAUGUGCGAUGCUUGGUUUGUUAUGCUCUGGUUUCUCCUUGUCUUGAUGAGAUGAUCUUGUGCAUUUCUUUUUUCUGGUUAUGAAAUUUGUCAAAAAGGUUUCUCAUUUCUAUAAAAUCUCUCAUACAUUCCAGCAGCAUGGAAGUGAUCUCAGAUUGCAACUGGCACUUUGGAUCUGAUUAUUCUUUUUGGCUACGUUUUUCCAUGAUAUCAAUUUAUUACAUUUUUGGAUUAUAA